GGCGUGGGUCGACGUGUCGUCAACGGACAACUACUUCCGCCUGUACGACAGCGACGGCUGGUUGGACGAGGCCUUCGUGAACUUCGUGGGCGCCGCCCCGCCGGACAGCAGGUACGCCAAGAUGAACUACCACCUCGUCCGCUCCGUCCACUUGUUCUCCACGAGGCCCGUGGUCGUGGUCCACUUCGGCAUGGCGGCCCCGCCCGCCUGGGACCCGAGGGAGUUCCCCCGGCUGGUGGUGCUCCACGCCGCACCCCUGCCGAACCUGCCCAAGCGGCGCUUCUGCUUCAACAAAUACAGGGCCAUGCUGCUCGCGCGGGUGCGCACGGGUAUCCAGCUCGACUCGGAUCAGUUCGUCGCCCCCGGCGUGGACGCCCUCUUCAGCCGCGCCGCGGAGGAGAGCUCCGAGGACUACCCGAUGCCGAUCCUGCCCGUGCACUUCCUGACGAACGAGCAGCUGCCCAUGUGGCCCAAGGACCAGGAGAAGCAGCGCAAGAGCACCAUCUUCACCUCCCGCUUCUGCCCUGGGGGCGAGCAGGGCGGCCAGUGCCGGCGCAUGAACUGCUCGGACGUGCCCCUGCGCUGGGGCCACGCGCACCCGACCUGGACGUUCUGGGCCCUGCCCUGGCUGGGCCGCUGGCUCCGGCGCCACCUUCGCGACGAGACUCUCCCCGCGCGCCCGGGCCGGCCAGACACCGCGCUUCGCGUGGGGGACAUCCCCGAGGACGAGGCUCUGCUCAACGUCGGCACCUGGAACGACAUGGGGCACAAGCAGUGGUGCAAGUACGACAACGUCGACCCCAGAGACUUCUACCGCCUCCUGAGGGCGAACGCGUCCCAGAAAUGCGGGGCGUCCAAGUCGCAGAUAAUCAGCGAUCCGCGCUACCACCCAAAGGGGGCGGCCAUGGCCUUCUACACCGCCCACCACGCGGUGGACCCGGACGUGUCAAAGAAGAUCAUAGACGAGAUCCUGGACCGGCAUCAUGAGGGGACCCUGCCGAAGCCGAUCCUGUACAACGGCUGCUUCUUCGCGGACGGCAGGGAACUGCGCGACGCCUUCCCCGGCGUGAGGUGCAUCAUAUGA